AUGUUGUGCAACAAAAUAACAAAGCAAAAGAAGAAAAAUGCAGAAAAAGAAAAAGAAUAUCAAAUGACUGUUAAGUCAAAGAAGACAAAGAAAGAGUUAACAGAUGGUGUUAGUAAAACAGAAUAUAUUUCAGAUAAAAAGAAAACCUCAAUGUCUGGGAAUGAAAAGAAAAUAAUAUCAACUGUAGAAAGUAUAAAAUCACGUCUAGAGGAUCAAUCAAUUUCUCGAUCAGCCAGAAAAAAAUUAAAAAGGAAAUUAAAAGAGUUACAAAGCAACAGAGAAACAGAACAGCAAGAUAUUGCAGGUCAACAUAGAGAAAAAUUCAAGCAUCUCAAAAAUAAAACUGAAACCAGUUCAUUUGUACAGAAAAAGAAGCCCAGUUUGAGUAAUGGUCAUCAACCAGACAUUUCAACCACUUCAACCAAUGGUAAUCAAGAAUGUAAAGCUGGUACUAUUAUUAAUGGCUUUAAAAUAACAAAUACUACUAUGCAUUUAUCUACCAAACACAAAGGACAACCUGUUGAAGGUGAUUUACAACUUUCUUCUAAAAAGUCAAAGCUGGCAAAAAAAAUUGACAAACUUAGUGAAUUGCUAAAGAAGAAAAAGAAAAAAAGAAGCAAGCAGAAAAAUAUUAAAAAGGAUAAACGGCCAGACCAUAUGGUAAGUAGGAUUUGA